UCUUUCACUCGGUUAAGGUUGAACCUACCAGAGCAACAAACUUUAAGGUCGAGGCUUCGUACAUGCCCACGUCUGACAAGACUUACACGGGAUCUCAAGACUCGCAUUCCGCAUAUUCGUCGGUCACUUAUCUUGGUCAGUUUUCGAGCUUGAAGUAUGCUGGUGCACCUGCUCCUCGACAUGUCCCCAUGUUGUCGUCAUUCAUUCACCCAAUUUCAUCCGCGCUUUGCCACCGCAUGAACGGUUAUUCCGUCGGUCAAAUCUUACUCAUGGCCGGAUACUUGGGCAUCUUGUUCUACGGCUCGUUCUAUGAAUCGAAUCCUUUCACCGAUCCAGAGCGAGCAGGCUAUGUCAUCACGUCUCAAAUUCCAUUCAUUUAUGCUUUUGCGACUAAAAACAAUGUUCUCGGUUUCCUAGUCGGCGUGGGCUAUGAAAAGCUCAACUUCCUUCAUCGUUUCGUCGGGAGGAUAAUGGUGAUUGGCGCCAACGUGCACGCGUUGGGAUAUAUCUAUAAAUGGACCCUUGCAAGCGAAUUUACCGAAAAGAUAUCAGAACCUUACGUUCGAUGGGGAUUUGUUGCCUUGGUUUGCUUUGAUUUACUGGGUUUCCUGUCGGUGUCAAUUGUUCGUUCGACAUCAUACAAUCUUUUCUUCACCACACACGCAGUCAGCUUAGUUGUGUUUCUCCCAGCUGUAUGCUACCAUGAAGCGGCUUGCAUUCCCUACGUUAUCGCUGCCAGUGUUCUAUACGGGUUAGAUCACGUCUGCAGGUUGAUCAAAACUCGUUUUACAUCAGCCAAGAUCCGUCCUCUUCCCGAGCUCGGCGUGACUCGUGUGGAGAUGCCAGGUCUCAAUGCAGGAUGGCGCGCUGGUCAGCACGUGCGCCUUCGCGUGCUAUCAUCUGGUAUGGGCUUGUGGGGAUGGUCAGAAUGCCAUCCUUUCACUAUCGCGAGCGUGAGUAGGACUCCGGAAGGCAUGGUUCUGAUGUGCAAGAAGGCCGGAAGGUGGACAAACAAGCUUUAUUCAAUGGCUUCGACUCCCUCAUACGGUGAGGGUGGUAAGGAAGUGGGCAGAAAUGUGAGCGUGAUGGUAGAGGGACCCUACGGCGGUGUUGGCCAUACAGUCAUGUCCAGUUACUCCGGAGCGAUGUUUGUGGUUGGUGGCUCCGGUGUCACUUUUGCUUUAUCUGCUGCGCAGGAUUUGAUCAGCUCUGGAAGCUCCAGUCGUGUGAAGGUCAUUGAAAUCGUCUGGACUGUCCAAGACCCAUCUUCCUUGACGCCAAUGCUCCCUCUUCUCGCCUCGUUGGUGCAGCAGAGCACUUCUGCUCGCGUGAAGGUCUCCGUGUUCUACACCCGUGCUAUUCCCAUCUCGCACGACGAGCCUUUCUUCCCUCCUGGGAUUACGCUGAGCACAGGCCGACCCAAGAUUGGGCGUAUCCUAGACUCCGUCAUUGGGGAGACAGUAUCCAGUGGAAACGGCGGAUCUCUGAAUGGUGUAUUCGUUGGUGUCUGCGGUCCUGCCGCUCUGGCGGACAAUGUUUCCAAAGUGGUCAAAAACUUCGAUUCGAGUGUGAGAAAGGCUGUUGGUGGAGUUGAGCUCCAUGAAGAAGUUUUCGGGUGGUGAGAAGCUGGUCUAUCGUGCCCGAUACAUUUCCAGGUACAGGACAGAUGUACACUGUGUGUACAGAGUACUACUUAGUACGCUCCGUGCCGUGUUGUAUUACUAUCGUGUCUUCCGCUGGAGGAGACAUCACCAUGUCAUUCGUAUAGGGAAAUAGCAAUGGCAUUU